UUGCAGGUAAAUUGCUAGAAAAUAUUUUACCCUUGCUGCGAAUUUGUGGAGAAAUCCCACGUUAUUUUUCGUUUUCUCUAUUACAAAACAGGUUAUCUAUCUAGUCGUCUUGGAAAACAUACUAGUUGUUCUAUAGUUCCUCUAUCAGCAAUCAAAGAACAUGGAAGAGCUGGAAAAUGAAAAUGAAUGUAAACGGUCGAAGGACCGGAGUCCAUCUCCAGGUGUAAAGUCAACUGCUGUUGUUAAGUACACAGCAUUUCAGAGUCCAGUCGGUUAUGCACGAUUGCAGUGCAACACAGAUCUCAAUUUACCACCCUCCAAUUGGGGGGCGGCAAUUGACUCGUACGGCUUAAAGCAGAUCUUGACAGGAGGUACUGGAUUAUCUAGCUUCAGGAUGGCACAUAUGUUCCCUGACUGUGUUGGUGAGGUGGAUGUCAUAUCAGGAGCAGAAUGCAUCAAGAAACUGCUCAAGUUGCCAUACCAGCCAAAUGGCACUGUAAGCAUGAUGGUGCACAGAGUUGAGAACACUCUCCUUUUGGACGAUUUUGAUGUCUACGAUUAUCUAAUGAAGUCGGAGUGGUCCUGGCUCAAGGACUUCUUCUAUGAAAACAUCCUGAAGACUAUGUCCGAGAAGGAGCGUAUGUCGUUGACCCCUGCGCCUGCAUUGAGGUCGGCUCUGCAGUUGACUCACAAGUUUCUGUCGCAUAGCGUGGCGGCCGCGCAGCCCGCUCCGCCUGCCUGCAUAUCUGGACCAUAUCUCCCAGAGCCUGAAGCCAGACCCGAGGAGCCUCCAAAAGAGCAUUUAUACAACCGCAACGUUCUGUGGACCUUCGAAGACAUACACAUGCUUAUAGGCAGCGACCUUCCCAUAUUCGGAGAUCAAGACAGACCUUGCGUCAGCCUUCGACUCAGAGACGCUAGGGAACCCAUAAACGUUCUUACGGGUAUCGACUAUUGGCUAGACAACCUCAUGUGCAACGUUCCGGAAGUCCUAAUGUGCUACCAUUUAGACGGAAUCGUUCAAAAGUAUGAACCUAUGAAAACGGAAGAUCUACCCAACGUCGAAAACUCGAAAUUUUCUCCAAAAGUCAUAAGAAACGUCGCUCAAAAUAUACUGUCUUUUCUGAAAUCUAACGCAACUAAAGCUGGUCACACGUAUUGGUUGUUCAAAGGCCCCCAUGAUGAUGUCGUCAAGCUAUACGACUUGACUUCUCUAUGUCCAGAUAGUUUGGACAAUCCUUUUACCACACCCGUAGCUAUGUUACUGUAUCGGGUGGCCAGAAAUAUGAGGUUAAUGAACAGGUCGAAACAUGUUAAGCAGCUGUUAGAACAUGUGAUAGAGUUGUUGAAAGUGGAGAGGUAUCCGCAGAUCGUUGCGUCGUCGCAUUACAUGCUCGCCGAUCUGUUCGUGCCUGCGACUACGAACCCCGCUAGUCCAGAUUUCAAAGACGAAAGUUCAGAUGAUGACAAUGAGGAUCAAGAUUACACGAAAUACACACAAGAAGCGUGUGAUGCAGAAGAAUCUCUUUAUGAAAGAUUUGCAAAUUCGUCUGAAAAUAAUGAUAGUACAAGUGAAAAAGAUACAGUUGCGAGCGAAAAAGAUGUAGCCAUUAAUGCAGUUGACGGCUCUAUAGUAAAGAAAGAGACAAAUGAAAGAACGGAGACGACAGAGAUAACCAAAAAGGGUGAUGAAUCCAAUUCACUCGCUGUUCAAAUUCGUGGACUGGAUUUAAGAGACAUAGGUGAUAAAGUGAAAGAUCCAACUGGAGAUGAUAAAAGGAAACCUAAUUUGCCUACCGGCUUGGGUAGUGAACCCCCAGAUCGUUGUGGGAGGGCGCUUAAACACGCCUUAAAGGGACUGCUCGCAUUAAAUAAUAUUACUAUUGACAAGUGCAAGGAAGAAGAGCGCGAACGGCUGAAACAACAAAUAAUCAUAGAAGAACAACAUCCUAAAAUGGCUAAUCCAUACGAACCCAUCAAAAUGGACUAUGAACCACUUAGCAAGAAGCAAGAGACCAAAGAGCAUACUUCUCGAAGCCGUAGACGUAAACGAGACAGGAAAACCUCGGACAAAUCAGGCAACUGCCUCAUUGAAUCCAAUUCGAACAUAGACAAGAAUGCAAUAUUGAUACGGAAAGAGAAGAAAAUGUAUCCGACGUGGCAAGAGCCAAAUAGAGAUGACAAUUUCGCAUGGAAGUUGCAUUUGAAGACCUUGCUAUAUGAGAAGAUAUGUCUCGCUUAUGCCACUUUAGCGGAAUACAGUUAUGCUAAUGAACAGUACGGGUUUUCUUUGAAGUAUAUAGACAUGGCUAGUAAAUGCCAGAAAUUGUUGAGCAAUAUGAUUAUCAAGAGUCGUGUGGUUGAUGCUAGUUGUUUGAUAGGUAGGGUCGGAGAUAAUUACUUUCAAUUAAGCAAGCAUUGGAAUCGGCUAGAUCAAUUCAAGAAACAGUUUGAGACUGAUCACGAUACGGAUAGUAAACUGCGUUUGGAGAUCGAAAACGAUAUGGCGGAAGAGGUCGAUGGAGAAGUAGCUGAUGAGUUUGAUCUCGAUAUAGCACUGCCGACGAGCGAGACAGAAGCGAUGUUGUCGUCGUGCACGUAUUACAGGCGGGCGGUGCAAGUGACACACGAUAAGCGAGGCGAACUGUUGCGACGUUUAGCGUCGGUCAACAACGAGUUAGCCGUCAGAUACAUGAAUGAUGCCCAACAGGUAUACACAAAAUACACGGAAGAAGAGGAUCUCAAGUCACCAAAAGCAAAAAUCUUGCAAAAGCAAUUUGCCAACCUCUCGGUCCGAUCCGCCGAGUGCUUGGAAGAGGCGACCGGCAUAUUCCAGCAAGUAAACGACGUUCCUAACCUGGCGUUGCUAUACUGUAACAAAGCUAGAUAUCUGAGGUUUAAAGCGCACACUGACCAAAGGGAGUUUGGUGUGGAGAAGCGUAGUCUGUACAGUGAGGCCGAAGGGUUAUACAACGAGGCGCUCAAGUUGCUGGGACCCCGCGAGGGCUGCGGCGCCGUCGCCGUGUGGGACCUGGUGGCGUGGGAACUGUCGUGCCAUCUGUACACGCGCGCUGCGUUGAUGCAAGAUAGUCCGUCUGUGUACGCGCUGGAGGUGACAGAAGUGGCGGAAGCAUUCAAGCAAGCGUUAAAGCACUGCUUGCUAAGCCCCGGACCCAGGCAGUAUCUGUACCAGUUCCGCGCCGCCAUGAUACACCAUAGACUCGGCUCCCUGUACCAUUCGCAGUAUAGAAUAACACAUGAGGACGGCCCCAAGCGGCGAACGUUGUUGAACGCGACGCGAACGAACUACGAGCACGCCGCGAACAUGUUCGCGAGCCUCGAGGAUGCGGGAAUGUAUCUCACGGUUCAAUUGGAACACGUAGCCGCAUUAGAGGGGCAAGCUGCGGUGUCACCGAAUCUCAAACUGAAAUCUCUUCAAACCGCCAUUCAAUUGUUGAGGCAGUGCCAUUCCAUCAUGAAGCUGAUAAACGACCGCGACGCAGAAGACCAAAAAGACCAACAGAAGACGGAAGACGGCGACGAGAAAGCGAUAAAAACUGAACAAAGCUUGCUGUCUCUUUACGAGAAUAGAUUGCAUUUUAUACUGAAGAGUAUCAUUCAGUACUGCCGGUCGAAAAGUAACAAGGACUAUGAGAAAAUGACAGAUAUGUAUAAGAAACUCUACAUGGCCAGUUUGAAGAUUAAGAAAGACGAUGACGUCAGAGCGUACGCUGCGAGUAUAUGCGACGUUUUAAAUGCAAUGGAUAGCAUAAAUAAAGAAUUCGAAUAAGUGAGGUGUUUGAAUGAUGUUUGUUUUGUUGUGUAUUGAAAUCAGGUGCGAGUAAUGCAAUGUUGAGGGUGCUAGCUUAUUUAGGUGUCAUUAAUACUAAUUUACUCGAAUGUACGAAUCGUGCGCGAAUUAUAGGAGUACGAAUGCGGGGUCAAACAUUUGAAGAUUUGACAAGCAUUUAACCGACUACUCUCGAGUGUGGCCGUGAAUACAUAAGUAACACAACUAAACCUCUAAUAAUAAAUUCAAGUGCAUAAUGAUUUCAAGUAUUUUUUCAAAAGAAGAAAUUGUAUAAUGUAAUGUGUAAUGUAUACCCUCCAAAAUAUAUCGAUUUUUACUACAUUUUCUCUAUCUGAUUAUGUUGUGCUAACACUAUUGUAUUUUCCUAACCUGCUUGAUGUUGCUUUUUCUCUUCUUUGCUAAAUAAGAAUUAUUUGUAUGUAAUAGGUAUGUACAACUUGUACAAUCAAAGAAAUCUGAAUAUUUUUUUAUGAAAUUAUGCUUUUUUCCAUAGUAUCCUAAAACCAUUGUUUAAUAAAAGUGAUUUCUAUAUCAAAUAUUUUCUAAACAUUAGGUAAAUAUAUAUUGAUUAAUAUGCAGAAAUUAAAAUGAUUCUUAUUAAAAUAAAAUGUUAAUAAGAUGUGAAAAUUAAGCUUUGUCUUAAAGAAAAUUAAAUGUUAAAUAAAUUAAAGUAUGCAUUUUUUCCGCGAUUAAUAUAAAAACAUACUAAUUUUGACCAAAUGCUUUCUAAUUAGUGUAGAUAAUUAAGUAAAUGUGACCUAUUUGUACAUAUAUACGUGCUGAACAAUGUAUUUUGGACAAAGACUGAUGUUAUAAUUAUUUUGUACGUCAAUGUAUAAAUGUUAACAGAUUUUUUUAAUAUUAAAAUCCUAUGCAGUCUAAACACUAGUAUCA